AUGACUGGUCCCAGCGAGCAGGCCUUCUGCUGCCAGUCCUGCAGAUGUCGGUUGAACAUCACAGACCUGGACACUCUGGAUCAGGCAGGGCCAUCGGGCAAACAAUCGGUGUUGAUGAAUGGCAGCUUGUUCGGCGGCCGCAAUCUCGACGAGUCCUUUGUGAUGCUGGCGGGCUCCGCAUCAGUCCUGCACCAGGGCCAUGGGGGGCACCUGCGCGCGUCCAACCACGGCGUCCCCUUGCAGGCGCUGGACGACCACUUUGCGCAGCUGGCCCGCACUUUCGAGAUCGCAUCGGGAGAGACUGCAGUGGAUCAGCCGCUGUGCCUGGAGUGCGCGACGCGGGUACGAGAGGAGAUGGACGCGGCCGUGACAGAGAUGGAGGCCGAGUGUGAGGCCUACGAGGCCGCCCUGCAGAACCUGGCGGUCGAGGACGCCAAGCCGCUCUCAGAGAAAGAGUUUGCGGUAGAGAUGGCGGCUGCGGAGGAGGGUGAGCGCGCGGAGGCGUUGCGGGCGGAGUCGGCGGAGGCUGCGCUGGCGGUGGCGCGGCGCGAGAUGGAGGCGGCCCGACGGCGCGCGGCGGAGCUGGGGGAGAUGGAGGCGCGCUACUGGCACGACUUCAACGACUUCCAGCUGCAGCUGCGCGCCCACGUCGAUGAACGCGACGUCCUCCUGCGCAAGAUCGACCGGACGUCCGCGCACCUGGACCGGCUGCGGCGCACCAACGUGAUCAAUGACGCUUUCCACAUUUGGCACGACGGCCCCUUUGCCACCAUCUCGGGCUUCCGCCUGGGCCGCACCAGCGCGGUGCCCGUGGAGUGGGACGAGAUCAACGCCGCCUGGGGACAGGCUGCAUGCAAGCUGGUGUUUUCCAGCUGCCAGCUGCAGCCGAUGGGCAGCUACCCGCGCGUCUGCGACAAGAAGGGCAGCCACGACCUGUUCGGCCCCGCCAGCAAGAUAUACUGCGCCGACUUUGACCGCGCCGUGUGCCUCUACCUCGCCUGCCUCAAGGAGUUUGCGGAGUUUGCGGGGGCGCGAGACGCGUCGGAGGCCAUUCCCGGGCGCACGCCGCUGGAGCUGCCGUACGCGAUCGAUGGCGACCGCAUCGGCGGCCUCACCGUCAAGCUCACCUUCAACAAGGACACGAGGUGGACCAAGGCGAUGAAGUACAUGCUGACCAACCUCAAGUGGUGCACGUCGUGGAUGAUCACGCGGCAGGAGGGCGGCCUCGCACUGCACGAGCUGCCGGGCGCCAUGAGUCACCCGGAGCGCACCCUGGGCGCCUCGCUCGCAUCAUCCACCCUCGCCACCCCCAGAACGGUCACCAAGGAUGACUGGACGGGCAGGUGA